ACUAACAGAUAUGCUGUUUCAACCAGUCUUCACUUGUCCAGUCUGAAUGCUGAUACAGUGCCCUGUGACUGUCCCUCUGUAGCCUGUGUUAUAACCCCCUGUUGAAGUCCAGGGCUCGCUGUCUGCUGGACACCCUGCCAGGGAACCAGUCUCUCAGACAGCUGUCCCUGAUGCACAUGGGCAUGGGCGAUACAGGGGCCCGCGAGCUUGCCGAGAGGCUCAACAAGCACACUGGCCUGCAGGAGCUCAACGUGGCCUACAACAACAUCGGGGACAACGCUGCUCUGACCCUGGUGUACGCCUGCAGUGAGCACCUGAGCAUCCACACUGUGCACUUGUACCUGAAUCCUCUCAGCAACUUGGGGAAGCAGUCCCUGUACGUGCGAGAAGUCUCCCUGGAGCAGGGAGGCACGAGGCGGCACGUGAAGGUGCUGGCCUCGGUCACCGAAUGCUCAGACAUCUCGGAGGACUGGCACCCCAUCCUGAGCAUCAUCAGUAAGAACGCCUCGUCCUGGGAGCGGGAACUCGUCUGGGAACAGCUGCAGAUCUUCCACCGAGACCUGGAGUGGGGGCAGGCAGCAGGCGCCAAGCUUCUGGGAAACGAUGCACUUCCGCAGGGUGGAGAACGGCGUCAGGCAGACCCUGCGAUUACUACUGAAGAAGAUCCCGACAAGGACUGACGAGAGUGCCAAAUAAUGGAAAAGCCAUGUUUGGGGAUUUUAACAUGAGCCAUGAUCCUUCAUUUUGUUUGACUGUAUCUGUUGAUUACAAUUCUGAGUACCUUUGAGAACGUUGUGUGUGUGUGAACUAUUUUGUAUGCAUGUUGCAUACGCCUGCCUACAACUUGCAAAAAUAUAGUGGUGAUAUAAGUAUUUUGGGAUUUAAGUUGUUUUGGGAUAUUUGUGGGUUGUGUUGAUUUACCAUGAUGGCUGCAUUUCAUUUUGAAAAUAAUAAA